AUGACCCACGAUACCUCUGCCUCUACCGCCAACAAGAACUCCUUCUCUGGCUUUGGAAGCUUCUCCACCUCAAAGAUGAUCAACUCGACCUCCACCACCGCCUCCUCUGCCACUACCGCUGCUGGCGCCGCCGCCAACACCAAGGACGAGUACGACGGUCAGUACGAACACGACGGCGAGCAGGCUCGCGAGGGAGUCGAGGGACUCGACGCUGACUCUCCCUUGACCCUUCGUGCCUUGGUCUCCACCAAGGAGGCCGGUGUUAUUAUCGGCAAGGCUGGAAAGAAUGUUGCUGAUCUCCGUGACCAAACCGGUGUCAAGGCUGGUGUCUCCAAGGUCGUCCAGGGAGUCCACGAUCGUGUCUUGACUGUCUCUGGCUCUAUCGAGGGCGUUGCCAAGGCGUUCUCGUUGAUUGCUCAAACUCUCUUGGAGAACCCCAUCACCUCUUCGCCUCCCACCACCCCCGUCAACCCUCUUCGUCCCGUUGCCCAGACCUCGUCUGUUCGUCUCCUGAUCUCUCACAACCUGAUGGGCACCAUCAUCGGUCGUCAGGGAUUGAAGAUCAAGCACAUUCAGGACACCUCCUCUGCCCGCAUGGUCGCCUCCAAGGACAUGCUCCCCCAAUCGACUGAGCGUGUUGUUGAGAUCCAGGGAUCCAUUGAUGCUAUCCGCAUUGCCAUCUACGAGAUUGGCAAGUGCUUGGUCGACGACUGGGAGCGUGGCGUCGGCACUGUCCUCUAUAACCCCUCGGCCCCUCGUGCUGCUGGCUCUGGACCUGCCUACACCGCUACCGCCCCUACCACCGGAGCCCGCACCAACACUACCUCUAACAGCAACAGCAACAGCGGAAGCUACACUUCGCGCACAGGCAACGGAUCCGACUUUACUCGCCCCCGCCCCGAGGCCUUCAGCCAGAACAACGCCAACCUUCGCACCCAGGAGAUUUCUAUUCCCGCCGACAUGGUUGGAUGCAUCAUCGGCAAGGGUGGAUCGAAGAUUUCGGAGAUUCGUCGUUUGUCCGGAUCGCGCAUCUCGAUCGCCAAGGUCCCCCACGAUGAUUCUGGCGAGCGCAUGUUUACGAUUGUCGGCACCUUGGAGGCCAACGAGAAGGCGUUGUACUUGCUCUAUGGUCAGUUGGAGGCUGAGAAGGACAAGCGCCUGAACAUGGCCGAGGACCACGUCGAGGAGGACGAGGAGUAA